AAAUACGAAACCGAGUAUUAUUCAACAUGGCCGAUUUUUGUUUUGGUUGUUGACGUGUUCUGUAUUAAUGCUGAUACUCUUCACAACUACAUUUUUAGUUGCACAAGCUAAAGAGCCUUUAUAAAAGAAAAUCAUACAGUUGUUUUAUAAAUCUAUGUUUCGGUUUUAAAUCCUUGUAACGGAUAAAUAAUUAACCACGAUAACUUUUAAAUUUUAUAUUUUAUGGUACGUUGUAAUUUUGAAUAGUUUUAGUGGGCAGUAUACCUAAAAUAAUACCAUUAAGCAUAAUUUUUCCAUUAAACCUUAUUAACCUUGAAUAUUGUAUAUCAUACUCGUAUUUUUAGCCCCUAUAUCCAUUGAGAAAUUUAAUCUUUUCAUUUACAAACAGAUCUGUAUUAUGAAUACAUUCAUCUGGCAACUGUAAGAACAAUUUGAAGAUGUCUUUCUUGUCAAUUUUGAACAAGCCUGCAGAAGUGUGUAAGGAAUGUGGCUGUCGGUGUUCAGCAUGCAAAAAUGAUCACAGUUUAGAUUUACAACAUGAAAUAGAAACAUUAACGGCUAAAGUCAGAGCUAGCCAGCUUAGGGUUGCCCAAAUGGAAAGGGAAUUAUCAGAUAGCAGAGAAGCUGCUGACAUUGAACUGAGUCAAACUAGAGAUGAACUUAUUCGUUAUAAAGAUAAAUAUGAUCGUCUUUAUGACAACUACAAAAAAUUGCAAAGAAUUAACCAUAAUCUCGAAGAUACCUCUCUGAAAGUUGUUUCUAAGAGCAACACGGAGAAAAUGGACUUCCGGGAAGAAAUAGAGUCCUUAAAAUCGAAAUUAGUUGAAGCCAGAGUAAUGAUCGCCGAUCUGGAGGAAGAAAACGAAAAGAUAAGUAAAGACUGUUUCUUAGCCGUUCAGCUUUUACAAGCUAAACCUUCCAAUUUUGUUGCUCACAAAUUAAAUACGCUUCCAAUGGAAUUACAAGAACGAGUAAGAUCACACCUGCCUAGAAAUGCUAUUCUUCACAUCGAACCGAAAGAUGGCAGUGGUGUAGACGAUUCCUCUGAAAAACAUAUACGCGUUCCGAUGCCUACUUUCCCGCCUACGGCGAUGGUUUAUUCAGUCAACAAGGUACCAAAGCCAGUCUCACAAGAAGAAUAUCGAUCAAACGUCCCAACACCGUUAAUAGCCCAAGUACUAUCAGAAAACAUGCAUAAAUGGAAUAAACGACCGAGGCGGGUGAUGGUCUGUUGCAAAUGUACAAACAAUGUAACAUUUCAUGAUAAAUCUGUGCAAACACCUUCAAAUGGACGGACGACAAGCAUACCGUUUUCUUCAACACCUGGCGUACAUAGACCUAGAACAAGUAGUACGGAAACAGAAAUUUGA